UACAUAUUAUCUGUCAUGAUUUGAUAUAUUUUCUUUUCAGAGAUUUCGAGCUGUUUUUAUUAAUUAAAAAUCCGAUGUACCACACAAGAAAUAGUAUCUGUAGCUAUUCUCUUAAAGGUUUUAUCGGUACUAUAGCUUGUAACUUAAACAAUGUGCGCAGAAAAUAUUCAACAAGUUACCUUGAAUAACGAGAUAACAAAUGGCGCUAAGUCUACAUUCGUAAAGAACUGGGAGUACGUUUUAGAUCAUUACGGGAUACCGUAUUGUCAAUAUGCCAUUAAAAUGUUUUAUGCAAUUUAUACACACUACACUUUUUUAAAUGUUGUGUUAUUUCUUGUUAAAUGUAUUCCGACGGUAAUCUUCAUGCACAGAUUUAUAAAAACCAUUUACACAAGUUGUCAAGAAAGAAUGAAAUUAAAGCAAUUGGAGUAUGAAGAGUUACAGCUUCAGAUUCAAAUAGUGCAAACUAAAUUAUGUGUACGCGACGCGGAGUUUGCAGAGCGCGGAGAGUUGUUACGAAGAAAAGCAGAAAAUCUUCGCAAGGUCCGUGCACGAGUUCAAGAGAUUAUUGCCGAUGAUAAAGAAUUCAGAAACGCUAUUAAUGGCAAUGCGUUGUGGGAUGAAAAUGUUUUUCCCAACAACACUUUAGCAUACGAAGAAGCGAGCACAGAGAGCAAAUUUAUAAUGGAAUUGCUAAAGGAACUGAAGUACGAUCACGUUGUAGUACCAGGGUUGGAUUCGGAAAUGCUAAGUUGCGGAGAUCCUUCGCGCGAGAUAGUCUCUGCUGAGAACAGUGUCUACUCUUCGGCGGACGAAGCAGAUUGCAAACAAGACUGCCACGUGAAGAUAGUCAAAGUGACUAAUGUCUAUAGAGUAGCGUAUCUACGGCACUUUAUCAAACAAAAGCGAUUGCGCCGCGCGAAUAGACAGGCACUUUUGAGAAAAAAGAUGGACAGUAUCAAGAAAAUUUUGGAUGACUGGCAAAAAACAUUAAGCAUGGUGAUAAAUAGUAACCUAUCAUUGGUAAAUAAUUCGCCGCAAGUUGAAUUGGCGUCCCAGGAAGCAAUGGGCGAUUGUUCGAAGCCCAAUAUAUACAAUACUUCCGACUCUGAUAGUGAUUUCAUCAACAGCACCGACAAUUUCCAUGAUAACUACAGUCUUAGCUGGACACAGAAUCAAUACUCGCCCAUAUAUGCUUACAACAGCUACGAUGAGUUCACUGGUGAAACACAGAAUGUCGCCAGAGAAUAUUACGAUAUUCGGGACUACGAAAUAAGUAAAUGUCAAGAAGAACAACAUGACUUCAACAAAGGCACGGGAGUACUGUACCUAGUCCCGGAAGAAACGAGUAGUCAGAUGGAAAUCAAGGAAAUACAGAGCGAUGCCGAAUAAAUGACGAAACGACAUGGUUUACAGGAUUUUAAAAUGUGUUAUUUAUGUGA